AUGCCUGUCACUCGUUACCUGUUACCUGUUGCCUGUUGCCUGUUGCCUGUUGCCUGUUGCCUGUUGCCUGUUAUCUACAUGCUCUUUAAUAUAUUCAUAUCUUCCCAAAUGGUCCAGUUCUGGUUCGACCUUCCCAAACCAUUUCCGAACCCCAAACCCAUUGUCGACUUCGACUUCAACUAUGACGACGUCAAAGCUACCUUUAGCCUUUUUGAAGACUUAGAAGAUGCGUCAAUGACAAGGUUGAAGUAUAGUGACAUCAUAGCAAGAUCCUCUCAGUUCACUGAUGCAAUGCCACCAGCACCAUGCGCAAAUGCCCAACACACGCCAGCAAGGUGCCGGAGAUGGGAACAGCAUGAGAGGCGGCACUCAUUCUCGCUCGCAUGCAGCGCAUGUAGACUUGACUCUGGAUGGGGAGUUGCAUGUCUUAGUAAAUCUCACCCACCGCCUCUCACUCAGGAUCGUGCAGCCUUCAUUGCCAAGAACUGCACCAUCCUCACUUCCUACUUUCAUGUUCCUCCCGGCAUGUCAGCAUCUUCAGCAACUACAGAGGCAGAGAUGAGUUCGGUUCGAGUGUGGACCAGAAAAAAACCGAACCGGACCACAGAGAACGGUUCUCUGUGGUCCGGUUCUCAGUUCUCGUCCAGGACCCUCUGA